GCACCUUUUUGCUCCUCAACAACAUCACCUUAUCGCCUAGGUCACGCCGCUUCAGAGCAGCUCCAAAGCUUCGUCGUCAUCAUGGGCGGCUCAGAUUCCACGUCUCCCCUAAUCACCGUGGGGCUGAUCCUCGCGGUCCCACUGCUCAAUCGCUACCUGCGCAGUAACCAGGCUCCAAUAUCGACCACGCCAGCCUCCCCCUCUUCUCUCAGACGGCCUUGGUAUUCUCCCCGCCUUUUCUCCCUUCGAAUUUCUCGACUCGUCUCCCUGCAUCCCUCUGAAUACCUGCUCCUCACCCUCUUCGUCACUCUUGCGACGUACCACCUUGCAGCGCUUAACCCGCUCGGGCAAUCCUAUCGAGCCUCGCGUGACCUCUUCCUUCACACCGGGCUGCCGAUCGGGGCGAGUUCGGCGAGUUUGAGAGGAAGGGUCGCGGCGUUGGGGGUCGAGGAGGUGGGGUUGAGCGGAUGGAUGAAUACGGGAGAGGUAGGCGGGAUGGGCGAGGAUGGAGGAAUAGAGUCGGCGGCGGGAGCUGCUGCAGGGGGUGAUGUCCUUGAGAGGCUGUUGAGGAGGUUGAAUAGUAUGAGCUCGAGGCAAUCCUAUCUCCUCCUGGGCCCUUCCCCACUCCUAUCGUGCAGCUACUGUACGCACCCCUCCGACCAUCAACUCUAUGCGCUCCCGCCCAUCCUCCUCCUCUACGCCCUGCACGCCCUCGCUUUCGGUCUCAGUACUGCCGCGACUACGACAUUGCGAUCACUCGACUCCCUCCGCUCCGCCUCCGCGUCAACGGUGGUAUCCUCAGCCCACUGGCGCUCCACCCUCGCCGCCCUCCUCCCCAUAAUGGCCGUCCUAGAGAUCUCAGUGGUUUUCGACUGGUACGGCUGGUCGGAGGACCAACGUAGUCCUUGGAAUCACUGGCAUGCCAAUGUCUAUCUCGCUAGACAUUGCCUGCUCCUCCUGCUGAGCGUCCUCGUCUACCUCUAUCCGCGAGCCGUACAGGCCCCAGGGCCAGGAGCACCGCCCGCUCCUGCUCGGAUCGCUCAACGGCUAGCCUUGCUGGGCGACUGUGUGUCGAAAACGUCGAGCAAUGUAUCGCUGCUCGACGUGGGGAGGGAGGUAACUUGGCGCGACGCUGAGCUGCGUGGCGCUGUCCAGGAAUGGCACGAAGGGCAAGCCCGGCUUGCAGGUGAAGAAGGCAAUGGGGGAGCAGGAGCGAUGAUGCGGCUGAGAGAAGCGCAGGACAAGGGAUGGAUACAGAGACCGCCGGAGCAGGCGCUUGUUACUACUAAGGAGCAUGUAUGGAGGAGGAUAGAUGAGGUGAAGGGCGGGGGGAAGAGGAUAGCGGCGACGAGUGGGCAACAGAAGUCGUGAUGUAGCGAGCGCGCAGGCUGCCGAUCAAUGUAAAGAUAUCGCAGUGCAUAAUUCCGUUCCUGCUCUUCG